AUGUAUUACAUUGUUGGAGAAAAGCUAAAGCACAAAAAUGGAUCCCUAAGGUGUAAGCAAGUGGGGCAUGAUGUAUUACAUUGUUGGAGAAAAGCUAAAGCACAAAAAUGGAUCCCUAAGUUAAGAAAUGAUAUAUCUGGAAAUAAUACUAACUUGGUUCUGGAGGAAAAAUCUGGGCAGGCUAAUAUUCAAGGAAUUGGUGCUAACCUGGAUAAAGGUAAAUCUAUUAUGAUUUCCCCUGGGGAUGUAGUUCAGCAAACUGCACAAGCUGUACAUGUUCCUGUUAUUGGGGAUGUUGAUCCUUUAUCUGGAAGUUCUGGUGAGACAACUGUUGAACCUGUGCAUGUUGUGCACGUUUCAGAUUCAGGUAAUUCUCAACCAUUCUGGGAGGUUAAUGCAUCACAAGCUGAAAACCCCUGGGUGAGUAAUUUACCUGAUAUUUCAAAGAAGCUUGUAAAUCAUUGGCAGUGGCAUGCAAAUGGGAGUAAUACUGAAAAGACAAGAAUCUUUCUCUUAUGGGAUCCCAAUGUUCUUGACAUUAAUAUUGUUCACUAUUCCCCUCAACAAAUAACUUGUUAUGCUAAAUUCAUUGAUGGGAGAUUAGAUUGUUUUAUAACUUCAGUCUAUGGUUAUAAUCAAGCUGAAGCUAGGAAAAGUCUGUGGUUGAGUUUAAGUCAGAUAUGUAAUAAUCUUGGCCAAGUUCCUUGGAUGCUAUGUGGGGACUUCAAUGCUCUGAUUAGUAAUGAGGAAAAGUUGGGUGGAGCUGCUCUAUCUGAUACUGAAUUUCUAGACUUUAAGUCUUUUAUUGAUAGCUGCCACCUCUCUCAUAUGAAAACCUUGGGUUCUUUCUAUACCUGGAGUAAUAAGCAAGACCAAAGCACUAGGAUUUGGAGUAGAUUGGACAGAGCACUUAUCAAUGAAGCUUGGUUACUCAGGUACAAUUCUUGUCAUGCUGAAUUUUUAGUCCCUAGUUUCUCUGACCACUCUCCUGCUCUUAUCUCAUUAUAUGAGGAUAAAUCUCAUGGAAGGAAGCCUUUUAAGUUUUUUAAGAUGUGGACCAAACAUCCCAGCUUUCUUCCUAUUGUUUCUUCUAUCUGGAAAUCCUCUAUUCAAGGACAUGCUAUGUACUCAGUCUGUUCUAAGCUCAAGCUGCUGAAGAAGGCAUUGAAGGAACUCAACAAGAAACAUUACUAUAAUAUUAGUGAACAGGUUUCUAGGGCAAGGAAUUCAUUAGAGAACAUCCAAAGGAAUUUACAGAAGGAUCCUUUAAAUGCUGAUCUCAUUGAUCAAGAAAAGAAAUGUUUGAUUUCUUUUAACUAUCUCUCUGAAUGUGAAAUAUCAUACUACAAGCAAAAGGCUAGAAUUGCAUGGAAUAUUCAAGGGGAUAGAUGUACUAAGCUUUUUCACUCAAUCAUUAAGUCAAACAGGCAUCACAACAGAAUUUUAGUCUUACAUGAUGAAUCUGAUACUAGAAUCACUGACACUGAGGCAAUUGCAAAGGAACUGAUUUCCUAUUAUAAAAACCUUCUGGGGACUGCAAUCAGUACUGACACUCCUGACAGAGAUAUCAUCAAGAAUGGUCCCUGUUUAAAUAGCCAGCAUGCCAGUUCUCUUUCAGCUCUUGUUUCUAGGGAUGAAAUCAAAAGUGCUGUUUUCUCUAUGGCAGAUAACAAGGCCCCUGGCCCUGAUGGUUUCAGUGCUUCUUUCUAUAAAUCUGCUUGGCCAAUUAUUGGAGAUGAGGUAUCUUUAGCCAUUGAGGAAUUUUUUAAAACAGGAAAACUUUUGGGUGAAAUCAACACUACAUCCAUUACUCUUGUUCCUAAGGUCCAAUGUCCAACUUACUCAUCUGAUUUCAGGCCUAUAUCCUGUUGCAACUGCAUAUACAAGUGUGCAUUUGUGAAAGGUAGACUGAUAUCAAAUAACAUCCUUCUGGCUCAUGAACUUGUAAAGAACUAUGGCAGGAAGCAUAUAUCUCCAAGGAUUAUGAUUAAUAUGGACAUCAGAAAAGCCUUUGACACCAUUAGUUGGAAGUUUAUAGCUGAAAUGCUCUCUGGUCUGGGGAAUUUUAAAUUCCAUCCUAAAUGUGGCAAACUAAAAAUUACCCAUCUCAUCUUUGCCGAUGACUUACUGCUGUUUAGCAAAGGGGAUCUGUACUCAGUGCAAAAGCUCAAGCAGUGUAUCUCUCAUUUCAGUACAGUAACUGGUCUGGAUGUAAAUCCCAGCAAAAGUGCUGUAUUUUAUGGUGGUGUUGAUGAUUCUAUCAAGGAUUCUAUUCAAAAUUGCUUAGGCUAUUCUGAAGGCAACCUCCCUAUCAGAUAUUUGGGAGUACCGCUUGUAUGCAAGAGGUUAUCAUUUGAUGACUGCAGACCUCUUUUUUACAAAAUUUCCAGUCAGUUUCAAAAUUGGCUAUCUCAUAGGCAUUUAUCCUAUGCGGGGAGACUCCAGAUUAUUAAAAGUGUCAUCCUUGGGGUUCAAUUAUUUUGGACUUCAAGUUAUAUCCUACCUAAGAAAGUUCUUUAUGGAAUUGACAAACUGUGUAGAGAUUUUCUAUGGGGAAAAGCUGAUACAAAUAAACCUUCUCUUGUCUCUUGGGAUGCUAUCUGUAGAAGUAAGGAUCAAGGAGGGUUAGGAAUCUUUUCAGCAGUCACAUGGAACACUGCAUCUGCCCUUAAGAUCAUAUGGUUUAUUCAUUCAAACAAGGAGCUCCUUUGGAUUAAGUGGAUUCAUGGCACUUAUCUGAAACAUAGGAAUAUUUGGCAGGUUGAGGCUAAAGUUGGUGACUCUUGGAUGUGGAAACAAAUCCUCAGAAUUAGAGAUAAUGUGCUGAAUAUGUGUGGUGGAGUUUCAGGUCUUCUUCAUCUCUUUAGCUCUUGUAUAAAGAGUUAUAAGUUGAAAAUUUCUGCUCUAUAUCAUGCCCUGCUUCCUAUUACAGCUAAGGUAGUGUGGAAGGAAACUGUUUGGGAAGGAAUUAGCUUUCCUAAGCACAGUUUUGUGUUGUGGCUAGCUGUCCUUGACAGAUUACUUACACAGGAUAAGCUUCUGGGCAGGGGGAUUAUCAACUGCAAUUGUUGCAUCCUAUGUUCUGUAAAUGCCACAGAAACUAGAAAUCACCUUUUCUUUGCUUGUUGCUUCUCAAGUGAAGUUUGGAAUGGUAUUAUGGACUGGCUAAGGUUUAAUUGGAGGUCGUGUGACUGGAACUUACUCCUGGACUGGUAUAAUAUCAGGUUGAGAGGGAGUGUUUUCAAAAAUAAAAUCAAGAGAAUGGCUUUGGCGGCUACUGUUUACAGUAUUUGGAGGGAAAGAAAUGUUAGAAUUUUCACUCAAGUUUGCAAGGGUGCUGAUCGGUUGAUUAGGGAAAUCAAAAUUGAUAUCCUGUCCAGCAUCCUUAAUAGUGAGCUCUUGAAAGAACACAAGGAUCUGAUGUUAGCACUAUAA